UCCUCAAUGAUGCAGCAGCAACAUCCAGCGCAAGUAGUUCAGCGAGUACGGACUGCUUUCCAGUUAGGCCGUACUCGGAAGUUGCAGUUUCGUGAAGGUCAAUUGCGUGCGUUCCUGCGUCUUCUAGAUGAAAAUGAAACCAGUCUUUUGGAUGCCGUCUACGCAGAUUUGCGUAAACCACCGCAGGAAACUUCACUCUGUGAGUUGGACCUGGUACGCAAUGAGGUUCUACACGCCCUGCAUAACGCGUGGGAUUGGAGCAAACCGGAAGUCAUCGGUAAAAGCUUUGUCAACAUGUUGGAUACAGUGCAAAUUCGUAAAGAUCCCUACGGCGUGGUGCUAAUAAUGAGUUCGUGGAGUUGUCCCUUACUUUUGCUGUUACGACCCUUUGUGGGUGCUCUUGCUGCUGGGAAUUGCGUCAUUUUACAUCCUAACAAUAAAGCAUACACAACAGCAAUGCUUAUAGCAGAGCUGAUCGGAAAAUAUCUGGAUAACGAGUGUUAUCAGGUAUUUACGGGUAAUGCAUCGGAAACUGAAGAAUUACUGCUUCAACAUUUUGACUAUGUGUUUUACACUGGAGGUAUGGACAAGGCAAAACAAAUCCGGGACCUGACUAAUCGACAUUUGACUCCUACAAGAUUAGAGUUGGCCGGUAAAUGUCCUGUAUUCAUCGAUGACAACGUAAAUCUAAACAUGGCUGCAAAGCGUAUCAUGUUGGGUAAAUUAAUCAACGCUGGUCAAACCAGUUCCGCUGCAGAUUUCCUCCUCUGCAGUAAAUCCAUAGAGGAGCCUUUGGUUGCAGCACUACACAACGCUGUUAUGGAAUUAUUAGGAUCAAAUCCACAAACAUCAUCCUACUAUGCACGGAUCAUCAAUGACGUGCAAUAUGAACGCUUGGUACACCUUAUGGCGGGUACCACAGUCGCCUUGGGAGGAAAAUGUGAUCCCUAUGAACGGUAUAUAGAACCUACUGUUCUUACAAACGUGACAGCAGAAGAUCCCAUCAUGUGUGAAGAAAUAUUUGGACCAUUAUUACCGAUUGUGAAUAUAAACGGGCCAGACGAAGCCGUGGAGUUUAUUACCAGGCGAGCAAAACCCUUAGCGGUUUAUGUUUUCAGCAACACCAAAAGUACAAUUGAUAAGUUCCUACAUGGUACCUCCAGUGAUUUUGUCGUAAUCAACGAUGCAGGAAUUCAAGUCGGCUUGGGAUCAUCUGGAGGUAAAUCUACUUUUGAUAAUUUUACCCAUCACAAGACCUGCAUCAUCAAAGAUUUGAGUGCAAUCAAUGAACGACUGAAUUCACUACGCUAUCCGCCAUAUUCAUCUCGGAAUGUUAGUUUCUUGCGGAUGAUCAACAAACCAAGGAAUUAUCCGUCUAUGGCAUGGAUGAAGAAUUAUCUUAUAUUUUGUUUAGGUGUCGCUGUAGCCGCCGCAUACUACUAUUACUCAAAAUAGAAAUAAAAAUCAUAAAUAACCAUUUAUUGCUUAUAAAAUUUACAACAUUUCCUCGUUAGUCAACUUGACCAAUCGGAUUGAUUCGUUUAUCACUUUCUGGCACAAGUCGGGAUUUCGAGCAGCGCGUGGCAUGA